AUGACAACCUCCGAUCCGCCAGCCGCGCACAUGGCGCAAGCUCUCGUCGAUUUCUCCGUUUACGGCUCGUUCCCCGAGGAGGAUGUCUCGUCACUGCCCAUCGACGCCGAAUCCCUACCGACGGCCAUCAAGGCACUCGCAGACGCCAAGGCAAAGCUUCAGGCCGAAAUACAUGCGAUCAAUGAGGAGACCGCCGACGACGUGAGGACCUGGCAGGCGAAUGCGCAAUCCGUCCAGGACGAUAUUCUUCGAUCCAAAGCUCUUGCGGCCGAGAUAGUCAAGGCCUCCGAAACCCCUGCCGUGUCGGGGCGUGCGGUAGACGAGAUCGAAGCGAAGGCCGACUUCCUGAUUCGCGAGCUGAACUACAAUGCGCAAGUACACGAAACACUCAAGGGCAUCAAAACGGUGAAUCGCACCCUCGAUGAGGUCGAGCAAGCGCGAGAUGAACGGCGCAUUCUAGAUGCUCUACACCUACUCGAAAAGUCCUGGAAGCAACUAGAUACCGUGGGAGUGAACAGGUCCUGCCGUGCCGUCAAGCUCCUCGACAUCCGGGCGUUCGAGCUAAAGUCGGAUGUGCACGACGUGUUUGAUCAUGUGUGGAACGCACUUAUCAAUAUCGAUGUGGAGAGCCGGAGAGUCUCAAUAAGUAGCAGUCGAGAAGAUGAGCCAAUGAGCCUUGAAGACGCAGUAAUAGGUCUGAGGGCAUACAAGGAGGUCGACCAACGAAUGAGUCGGCUCUGGCAGGACAUCAACGAAGCGAUCCUGCUUCCGAGGAUGGAUAUAAGCAAAGAAACAUUGCCCAGCAUCCACAUUCAAGAUGGUGCACUUGAACUACGAGGCUCGUCAGACAAAACCUUUCAGUCUCUCUUUGCAGACCUCGAGCAGGCUUUCUCUUUCCUAGUCCAGCAGCUUCCCCCUGACCUUAUCGAUACUAUUUCAUCCACCCUACUACCGGAAACAAUACAUAAGAUCACGAGUGUCUGGCUCGAUUCAGCCGUACCAUCAUCGCUCCAGGAUAUGGAUAAGUUCCAGGAGGUUAUUGAAGCUGCCAAAGCCUUCUGCGCAAGGUUAAAAGCGCUCGGCUUCUCAAACCUCGGUGGUCUACAAGAAUGGGCGGACAACGCACCCAAGGUCUGGCUUGCAAAAUGCAGAGAAGCUGCGCUGGAUUCCGUGCGCAUCAUGCUUUCCCGGGGCCUCGGCGCGCCGAAGCGGGUGGAAAAGGUAGAGAAGCAAAUGGUUUCGAAGUCAGAGGGUCAACAACUCGUUGCGAACGGUGCCGCCGCUUCUGCCGACGACCACGGUUGGGACGCCUGGGAUGAUGGCGGGCAGGCAAACCCAGAAGAGGCAGAAAAUGGCACAGUGGGUGGGCCACCGGAUGGCGGUGAUGACGGCGCUGACGCGUGGGGUUGGGGGGAGGAGGAAGCUGCAGCAGAGGAACCGAGCGUGGAAGCUACGGCGGCGGUACCCAACGAAAGCAAACCAGACGAGGAAGAGGACCCGUCAGAAGCUUGGGGAUGGGGUGACGAGGGCAACGCUGAUGAAGCCCAAGCUUCAGAAAACCCUACGGCGCCGCGAUCAGAACCACAGACCAGAGAGUUGGUCCUGAAAGAGACCUACAGCAUCUCUUCUCUGCCGCAGCCAGUUCUAGACUUGAUAUUCGCGAUAGUCGAGGACGGUGCCGCCUUGACGCACGACAGCUACGCGAGCAGCCCAGUCGCGGCUCAAGCAGCAGGAUUGUUCAGUCUCCCCACGCUCGUCCUGGCCAUAUUUCGAGCCGUUUCACCUCACUACUACUCCCCGGGAAUCGGCGGCAACAUGUAUCUCUACAACGACGCCGCCUACGUGGCAGAGCAACUCUCCGAGUUUGCCACAACCUGGAAGACGCGCGACGACAUCAGCACAAGAGCCCAAAACAUGCUGCGGCUAGACAACGACAUCAAAUCCCUCCAAUCCUUCGCCAACCGCGCCUACACCAACGAACUAGCCAUCCAAAAAACAGUCCUGCGCGACCUACUAGGCGGCGAACAAAACCUCCUCCACCAACCCGACACCGCAUCAUCCAUCACCUCGGCCACGGCGCGCGUGCGCUCCCUCGCCGCCGCCUGGGAGGCCGUCCUCGCGCGCUCCGUCUGGCAGCAGGCCGUCGGCGGGCUCGUCGACGCCGUGGCGGCCAAGAUGAUCGCCGACGUCACCGACCUGCCCUCCAUCGGCCAGGACGAGGCCUACAACAUCGCCGGGCUGAUCGCGUCGGUCGAGGGGGAGCUGGAUGAGCUGUUCUUGCCGAGUCGGUUGGCGGCGCAGGAGGGGGUGGAGGUGGAGAGGGAGGAGGGGGAGGUGCCUGUUACGGCGCAGUUUGCGGGGAACUGGCUGCGGUUGAAGUAUCUGAGUGAGGUGCUGCAGAGUAAUCUGAAGGAUGUGCGGUUUCUGUGGGUGGAGGGGGAGUUGAGUCUGUAUUUUACGGCGGAGGAGGUGGUGGAUUUGGUCAAGGUGAGCUUUGAGGAUAAUGCGAGGACGAGGGAGGUGAUUCGGGAGAUUAGGGGGAAUGUGCAGCCGUUGGGGGUGUGA